CAACAAAAACCGAUUGAUGUGAUUGGUCGAAUCCGUAGGCUGCAGCGUAGUCCAUUUAUGUUGAUGAUUGAUGACACAGAAACCGGGCAUAAUUCCGAGGAGGCCGGCACUUUAAAUACAAUUCGCUUUUUUUCUAUUAAUGCAAAUAUAUACUCUUGAUGUGUCUGUGCCCAGGAACAAUUAACUCAUUUUGGUGGCCCAUGACUUGACAGGAGCAAAGUAGAAAAAAAGUAUCAGGUAUUUGCCAACAUGUUGCAGCAACCCUGGCAGAGUUGCCACGAUGUAUCGAUAUACAUAGCUACGCAUGUUCUUAUCCUAUCAUCAAUCUCUGUGAGAAGCAAAGAAGUGACUGUGACAGACAAUCCCUUGCAAUAUUCGCCAGAAAAAAUAAAGGCCGCUUUGGAGGAGCAUGAAAUAAUACCGGAUGCGUUAGACGUCGCACCUGAGAAGGGAAUUAAGCUCGAAUGGAUUCUAGGAUCAAAAGCUGUUUUUGGGAACAUUAUAGAGCCAUUGGAAAUCCUAAGGGAACCUUACUGGAUCAAAUGGGAUUCAAAAAAAGAUGAGCGGUUUACUAUAAUGAUGAUUGGUUUGGACGAGCCGACCAGAGAGAAUCAUACAUUGCGAGAGUGGCAGUUUUGGCUUGUGGGAAAUAUACCCGAAUUUAGUGUUAGAUUUGGUGACAUAUUGACGUAUUACUUAUCUCCGAAACCACCAAAAGGCACAGGUAUUCACCGUUACGUGGUGCUCCUGUAUCUUCAACCGAAUGGAGAUAAAAUUGAAUUCGAGGAGGCAAAACGUCCAAUUUAUGACAUCCGCGAUGACGAUGUUCGAGGAAAGUGGUCGCACAAGAAGUUCGCUGAGAAGUACAAACUAGGAAAUCCUGUAGCCUGUAACUUUUUCCGGGUUCAAUGGGUGGAACCUCGUGAAGACAAUGACACCAAUGUAUUAUAGAAAAAUUGAAAAAAAUUGUUUUUCAAAGUAGGAGGAGUCUCAGGUCUUCAAAGGUGAGCAUUCGUUCUCAUCGAAUGCUUGCAAAGGGACAUUAAAGAGAAGAGGGGUGGAGGGUUGAGGAGAGCGUUAAACCAUAUUUUUUUUACGUGUCACGUAUUAUUGAGGCCUACGUCCAAAAAAGGGUACAAAGGGGGGGGGGAGGCUCAUAAAAUUCGACGUCUCAGGAACGUUUGUGUAUUUGGACCGAGUUU